ACUCAUAAAUGGUCAAAUUUGUGAGCAUGCAAGAGCUUGUUCCGCUGCCUACUGGUGUUUCGCUGGAAACCGUACGCAUAUAUCCAAACCCAAAACAAUCCUCGACCAAGCUCGCAGUGUGCUUGCAUCCUUGGUCAUGGCUCGGAGGCAACAUGAACGAUCCAGUAAUCCAUACUCUUGUCCUUCUUCUUCAAGCAAGGGAAUACCAUGUAAUUUAUUACAACUCCCGAGGAGUAGGAAAGUCGACUGGAACGGCGUCAUUUACGGGCCAGAGUGAAGCAAACGACCUCAAGGCCAUUGUGCAACUCGCUCUCGAAGAGAUACCUAGCAUUCAAACAGUAGUAUUGGUCGGAUACUCUCAUGGAUCUCUUAUAACUUCACUCCAUCCGAUACUCCAGCCAAAUAUCAAGAUAUGGUAUCUUCUGCUGUCAUACCCACUCAGCCCAAGAGGUUUCCUAACUUUGUUCCGAUCUAAAUCGUACGAGUCAGCACUAAACAACCUUGUUCGACAUCCCGACGUCAAUAUACUUGUCGUAUUUGGCGACAGAGAUAAUUUCACAAGCGAGUCGAAGUAUGAUAACUGGACUGAGGCUUUGCAAAAGGAAGCACGAGGUGAUGGCACGGGAACGCUGCAAGUCGUAAAGGUUGCAGGAGCAUCCCAUUUCUGGGCGUCUGCGGAAGAACGCGGACAGCUGGAACAAGUUGUUGGGGCUUGGUUGCCAUAAAAGCACGCAGGGACAUAAUUCUGAGAUCCCAUCGCCUGUAGCCAGCUCGUAGUAUACAUGUAUCUGUACUGUAGUACAAUGCUUGACUAGUUUUUGUGGUA